CCCAGAUGCCUGAGUAGGAGAGACAGGGGACGGAGGUUGCCAAGCACUGGCUGCCACUUGUCAGGUUCCUUGUGUUAGACAUGUAUAAUCUGUAUUCCAUCACUGGGUACCCGGACCCACCAGGGACCAUGGAGGAGGAGGAGGAGGAGGAAGAGGAGCAGGAGGAGGACUAUGAGAACAUGGCACCUCCCUACAAGGACCUUCCUCCCAAGCCAGAUGCCCAAUCAUCCCUUUGGAGAGGCUCACAUGGCAAGGAACUGAGGCCUCCCACCAACAGCCAUGUGAGUGUAUCAUCUUGGAAGCAGAUCCUCUAGCCCCAGUCAAGCCUGCAGAUAGAUGACUUGCAGUCCCAGGCAACAUCUUGACUACAAUCACACAAGAGAUCUCAAGCUAGAACUACCCAGCUAAGCUGCUUUCAGAUUCCUGAACCACAGAAACUGUGAGAUAAUAAAUGCUUAUGGUUGUUUAAAGUCACUACGUUUUGGGGUAAUUGUUUAUGCAGCCAUAGAUAACUGACCCAGUGCCCUGCUGGUACUUCAUCCUGGAAUGUGGGGGAAUACUUAGCACCUAUCCCCUUAACAUCUUGUUACAAAUGUUACCACUUCCAGGAGGUACUUCCUGACUACCUCUCUCUGUUAGCUUUUAUCCUAUCCCAUUGCUCCGUUUUAUUAGGU